UAAGCUAUCACGUUUUUCUCUUCACGACGUUUGCGGCAAAGUUUGAAAGUCAUAAAAUCACUCGGAGAUACAAAGUGCGAGUUCCCCCAAGUACGCUUCCCCCUCUCGCUCUCUCGAUCUCCAACUAUAUUACAUAAGUAUAUUAAAUUAUAUACGGUGUCUGUAUUCUAUACUUGGUACGCGGCCGACGCCGAUGGUCGUGAGUCCGGUGAGUCACGAGUCGGUCGAAAGCAAUUAAAAGCAGUCGACAAUACUCUUCGCUACUCGUCAAUUUGUCAACGGCGAUGGCGGAAAAGAGAGGAGCGUGUUCCGGGCCGGGUUACAAGAGUCCGAGGGCAGCGAUGCUCGAGGGGCCGCGCGAGAAGCUUCUGUACGUCAUCGGUAUACAUACGGAUCCCGAGAAGGCCGAUGUCCUCUGCACGGUAGACGUGGAUCCCGAUAGUCCUACGUACUGUCAGAUAAUACACAGAUUGAGAAUGCUAACGGCUGGCGACGAGUUACAUCACUCCGGCUGGAACGUUUGUAGCAGCUGUCACGGAUCACCCCGCAAACGCGACACGCUGGUACUGCCCUGUCUUAUGUCGGACCGGGUCUAUUUGGUUGAUACGAGCGACGAGAAAAUGCCCCGGAUCAAGAAGGUUCUGGAACCGGAAGAGAUGCGCAAAUACGGGAUAUCUACGCCGCACACUUCCCAUUGCUUGCCAACCGGCGAGAUAAUGAUCUCCACCAUGGGAAAUCUCAGUGGCGACGGAUUGGGCGAAUUUUUCUGCAUCGACGCAGAGACCCUACAAGCGAAAGGCACAUGGACCAAGAGCCAUGAAAAAGCAACUUUCGGAUACGACUUUUGGUACCAACCGUAUCACGAUACGCUCAUCGCUACGGAAUGGGGUGCACCUAGAGUCUUUAAGAAGGGAUUCAUUCCAGAGGACGUUCAUGAUCCUAAGAUUUAUGGCAGAAGCUUGAACGUUUACUCGUGGAACGAACGAAAGCUGAAACAGAUCAUCGAUCUGGGAGAUGACGGAAUCGCACCCCUUGAAAUCAGAUUCCUUCACGAUCCGCUGGCAGCUCAAGGAUUCGUAGGCUGCGCGGUAACGUCGAAUGUUUAUCGAUUUUACAAGGCGGAGGACAACUCGUGGAAGGUCGAAAAGGUGAUCCAGGUGCCACCGAAAAGAGUCGAGGGAUGGAUCGCACCUCUGAUGUCAGGAAUGAUCACCGACAUUCUGCUGAGUUUGGACGACAAGUAUCUGUAUCUGUCCAAUUGGUUGCACGGCGACGUUAGGCAAUACGACAUCUCGGAUACGAGAAACCCAAGAUUGACGGGUCAAGUCUUCCUAGGAGGAUCGAUACUGAGCGAUUCGCAUGUACGGGUGACGCAAGACGAGGAAAUGAGCAGUCAGCCGGACCCCAUCUACGUGAAGGGGCGUAGAUUGUAUGGCGCACCGCAGAUGUUACAGCUGAGUUUGGACGGACGUCGUUUGUACGUGACUACGUCGAUCUUUAAGCCAUGGGACAAACAGUUUUAUCCCGAUCUCCUCAAAUAUGGAUCAACGAUGGUGAAGCUUGAUAUCGACGUCGAGAAGGGCGGGAUGACGCUCGACCAUCGAUUUCUCGUUGAUUUCGGCGCCGAUAACAGCGAUAUUUUACUGGCACACGAAAUGAGGUAUCCUGGUGGAGAUUGCACUUCCGAUAUAUGGCUGGCAGAGAGACCCUAAUUUUGAUGACUGGACUGGACGUUUAGAGUCAUGGAUAUCUCAACAUCUGCGAAAGUAGUAAUUCAGAACCUAGCUUAUUUUAUAGUACGCCGUAUUUUUGUACGAUUCUUCCAAUGAAAAUUAUCAUAAAUUCGUUCCUUCAAUAUAAAAUCAGGAUAAAAGACACGUCGGUGAUAGGUAAAUUAGUAAAGAGUACUCACAAGACAUUUGUUUCCAUGGUGCUUAUUAAUUCCAGCAUAUUGCAUCAAGUAAUAUAGUAGAGAUUUUAUGUAUACUGUAUGAAAUUUUUUACGUGACAUGAUGUUACGUGGUAAGCAAUAAAUUUUUCUUCUUUCCUCAGA